AUGCCGGCGCCACCCAAGCACGUGCGUCGCGUAUACAUGGCAGCCAGACGGCAGACUGUGAAUACGAGAUAUCCCGUAUUGCUCAGACUCUGGGAUGAUGGUGUGCAAAGCUUGCAGAGGAGUAACUGCGCACGGGCCGUGGCGGUACGAAUGCUAGUUGUAAAGUCUACCCUGGGGGUUCGACGACGCAGCGGCACCACCGAACGACGAGGUAUGGCAGCCAGACGGAACGGCACAUUUUUCUUGCGAGGCGACUUGGGGAUGCGUGGUGUCAUGGGUUUCUACGACCAUGGGCAUGAGGGAGACUUCUUGCUGACAAUGUUGAGCACAACAGAAAUAGCACCGGCGGUGCGGGCUUCGCGUGUGUCUUUGGUGGCAAUGGGGCGACUACGUCUCGGGGCUUCAAGGCUUGCUUGUGCAGAGAAGAACCCAUUGGGUGAGACGGUGCAGAGUGGCCAGGGUCAGCCAGAUCCACGCAGCUUCGCAGCCGCCGUCGGCGAGCUCUACUGCGAACAGUACCACUGGGAUUUACUUGUGCUGGAGCUUGAGCAUAUGAAAAUUUGCCUGUUGCCAUUCCUCUGCAGUCGCAGUGGCGCUGCGAGCAGGCAAGUGGGCUGGACAGACAAGCAAGCAGCAAGCUAUAGACUGUGCUUGCUUUGUCCCCACGCUGCUUGCACCCUCGUCUCCACCAUCCGACUGACAAUAUCGCAGAUACGAAGGACGACACAGAACGCCUUCCUCGACGCAGCCCAUCGGGGCGCCUGCCAUCUCCGCGAGGUAGCAAUGGGAGGCGCCACCACACCCUUCGUCCGGUCGACCGCAUGGAGAUAA